CCCUUCCUUCCCUCCGUCCCUCCUCCCCUGCCCCGCCUUCCUUUCUCUCUCUCCCGUUUCACUCACUGAGAGCUCCAGGUAGUGAGCAGUUCAGUCGAUUUCCUCGUUACCCCGCCCCCCUUUCUCUUGCCCCCCACCCCUCUCAUCUGCCUGGUGGAGGAUGAAGCGGCUGCAGUGGCCCCAGCCUCAGCAGCGGCACCGGCGGUGGCUGCGGUGUGGGUGGCCGGAACUGGGGUGGUGAAGAAGCGGUGGUGGCGGCUGAAGGAGCGGUAGCAGCCUCAGCCUCUUUCCCUGUGCUUCCUUUCCUCUUUAGUGCAGCGAGGAAGUUUUCGCUUCUGUACAUGUGUUUGUGUGCGUGAGUGUGGGUGUGUGCGGUGUGGUUUGGGUGGCGUUUGUGCAGGCGUUGGGUUUUUUGCCCACUUGGCUUCCCGUAACCCAGGCAGCUCCGGAGCCUGGGCUGUGGCCCUAGGAGGGGGCGCGGCGGCGGGCUCUCUCCUUUUGUUGUUGUUUCCUCAGCCUGGGGAGCUGAAGGGGAGACGCGUCUGGGUGGGGCUGCUCGGAGCCCGGGCCUGGUGGCCCCUGGGGCUCCCGGGCGGGCAGGGUAGGGCAGAGUAGAGCGGGCUUCAACAUGAUGGCGGCCGAGGCCGGCAGUGAGGAGGGCGGCCCGGUAACAGCCGGAGCUGGAGGAGGCGGCGCGGCAGCGGGCUCCAGUGCCUAUCCCGCAGUGUGUCGGGUGAAGAUACCCGCGGCCCUGCCUGUGGCAGCCGCCCCCUAUCCUGGGCUGGUGGAGACCGGAGUGGCUGGAACUCUGGGUGGCGGAGCCGCUUUGGGGUCAGGGUUCCUAGGAGCCGGGUCUGUGGCAGGGACAUUGGGGGGAGCCGGACUGACAGGGGGAGGUACUGCUGCUGGCGUAGCUGGUGCUGCUGCUGGCGUGGCCGGUGCUGCUGUUGCUGGACCUAGUGGAGACAUGGCUCUCACCAAACUGCCCACUUCGUUGCCUGCUGAGACUCUCGGGCCAGGCGGCGGUUUUCCCCCUCUGCCCACUCCCCCUUACCUGCCCCCUUUGGGGGCGGGCCUGGGGACAGUGGACGAAGGUGACUCUCUGGAUGGACCAGAAUACGAGGAGGAAGAGGUGGCCAUACCGUUGACCGCUCCUCCAACUAACCAGUAAGUUAAGACUGCUGUUCAGGAAUUUGGGAAGCUGGCUCCAGAAAAGAAGUGGAAAUGAAGGGGUGGUAUCACGGAAAACUUGACAGAACGAUAGCAGAAGAACGCCUCAGGCAGGCAGGGAAGUCUGGCAGUUAUCUUAUAAGAGAGAGUGAUCGGAGGCCAGGGUCCUUUGUACUUUCAUUUCUUAGCCAGAUGAAUGUUGUCAACCAUUUUAGGAUUAUUGCUAUGUGUGGCGAUUACUACAUUGGUGGAAGACGUUUUUCUUCACUGUCAGACCUAAUAGGUUAUUACAGUCAUGUUUCUUGUUUGCUUAAAGGAGAAAAAUUACUUUACCCAGUUGCACCACCAGAGCCAGUAGAAGAUAGAAGGCGUGUACGAGCUAUUCUACCUUACACAAAAGUACCAGACACUGAUGAAAUAAGUUUCUUAAAAGGAGAUAUGUUCAUUGUUCAUAAUGAAUUAGAAGAUGGAUGGAUGUGGGUUACAAAUUUAAGAACAGAUGAACAAGGCCUUAUUGUUGAAGACCUAGUAGAAGAGGUGGGCCGGGAAGAAGAUCCACAUGAAGGAAAAAUAUGGUUCCAUGGGAAGAUUUCCAAACAGGAAGCUUAUAAUUUACUAAUGACAGUUGGUCAAGUCUGCAGUUUUCUUGUGAGGCCCUCAGAUAAUACUCCUGGCGAUUAUUCACUUUAUUUCCGGACCAAUGAAAAUAUUCAGCGAUUUAAAAUAUGUCCAACGCCAAACAAUCAGUUUAUGAUGGGAGGCCGGUAUUAUAACAGCAUUGGGGACAUCAUAGAUCACUAUCGAAAAGAACAGAUUGUUGAAGGAUAUUAUCUUAAGGAACCUGUACCAAUGCAGGAUCAAGAACAAGUACUCAAUGACACAGUGGAUGGCAAGGAAAUCUAUAAUACCAUCCGUCGUAAAACAAAGGAUGCCUUUUAUAAAAACAUUGUUAAGAAAGGUUAUCUUCUGAAAAAGGGCAAAGGAAAACGUUGGAAAAAUUUAUAUUUUAUCUUAGAGGGUAGUGAUGCCCAACUUAUUUAUUUUGAAAGCGAAAAACGAGCUACCAAACCAAAAGGAUUAAUAGAUCUCAGUGUAUGUUCUGUCUAUGUUGUUCAUGAUAGUCUCUUUGGCAGGCCAAACUGUUUUCAGAUAGUAGUUCAGCACUUUAGUGAAGAACAUUACAUCUUUUACUUUGCAGGAGAAACUCCAGAACAAGCAGAGGAUUGGAUGAAAGGUCUGCAGGCAUUUUGCAAUUUACGGAAAAGUAGUCCAGGGACAUCCAAUAAACGCCUUCGUCAGGUCAGCAGCCUUGUUUUACAUAUUGAAGAAGCCCAUAAACUCCCAGUAAAACAUUUUACUAAUCCAUAUUGUAACAUCUACCUGAAUAGUGUCCAAGUAGCAAAAACUCAUGCAAGGGAAGGGCAAAACCCAGUAUGGUCAGAAGAGUUUGUCUUUGAUGAUCUUCCUCCUGACAUCAAUAGAUUUGAAAUAACUCUUAGUAAUAAAACAAAGAAAAGCAAAGAUCCUGAUAUCUUAUUUAUGCGCUGCCAGUUGAGCCGAUUACAGAAAGGGCAUGCCACAGAUGAAUGGUUUCUGCUCAGCUCCCAUAUACCAUUAAAAGGUAUUGAACCAGGGUCCCUGCGUGUUCGAGCACGAUACUCUAUGGAAAAAAUCAUGCCAGAAGAAGAGUACAGUGAAUUUAAAGAGCUUAUACUGCAAAAGGAACUUCAUGUAGUCUAUGCUUUAUCACAUGUAUGUGGACAAGACCGAACACUACUGGCCAGCAUCCUACUGAGGAUUUUUCUUCACGAAAAGCUUGAAUCGUUGUUGUUAUGCACACUAAAUGACAGAGAAAUAAGCAUGGAAGAUGAAGCCACUACCCUAUUUCGAGCCACAACACUUGCAAGCACCUUGAUGGAGCAGUAUAUGAAAGCCACUGCUACACAGUUUGUUCAUCAUGCUUUGAAAGACUCUAUUUUAAAGAUAAUGGAAAGCAAGCAGUCUUGUGAGUUAAGUCCAUCAAAGUUAGAAAAAAAUGAAGAUGUGAACACUAAUUUAACACACCUAUUGAACAUACUUUCAGAGCUUGUGGAGAAAAUAUUCAUGGCUUCAGAAAUACUUCCACCGACAUUGAGAUAUAUUUAUGGGUGUUUACAGAAAUCUGUUCAGCAUAAGUGGCCUACAAAUACUACCAUGAGAACAAGAGUUGUUAGUGGUUUUGUUUUUCUUCGACUCAUCUGUCCUGCCAUCCUGAAUCCACGGAUGUUCAAUAUCAUCUCAGAUUCUCCAUCUCCUAUUGCUGCAAGAACACUGAUAUUAGUGGCUAAAUCUGUGCAGAACUUAGCAAAUCUUGUGGAAUUUGGAGCUAAGGAGCCCUACAUGGAAGGUGUCAAUCCAUUCAUCAAAAGCAACAAACAUCGUAUGAUCAUGUUUUUAGAUGAACUUGGGAAUGUACCUGAACUUCCGGACACUACAGAGCAUUCUAGAACGGACCUGUCCCGUGAUUUAGCAGCAUUACAUGAGAUUUGCGUGGCUCAUUCAGAUGAACUUCGAACGCUCAGUAAUGAGCGUGGUGCACAGCAGCACGUAUUGAAAAAGCUUCUGGCUAUAACAGAACUGCUUCAACAAAAACAAAACCAGUAUACAAAAACCAAUGAUGUCAGGUAGCAGCCUUCGCCCCAGUGUUCUGCAUGGAUUCAGCAUGCCCAACAUGGUAAUUCACUUCAGUUUAAUGUCUCCUUUGCUCUUGCCAAAAAAUAGCACACUUUUCCACAUUCCAGUGAUGUGUGAGCUAUGCAAACAAAAUCCAAGAUUCUGCUGGUGAAUAACUAUGCCAGCAACCUUGUAAGCUAUCUGUGCAGGAUAUUUGCACUAUUUCCACAUGGAAUCAAUCUUUAACAACCUCUGAGUCUUGGUGUACAGACCAUCUUUCACAAAACGAAAUGCUAUGACUGUAUCUUGAUAUCUCGAACUUUCAAAAUAUAUUUUCAGUACACCCAGUUGCCAAAGUUUUGCUGUCUGUUAGAGAAAGAACUAUGAAAUCAACUGACAAGAAACACAUUCUCUUAUUGACAAUUGUGUAUAACUGGAUUGCAGACUGUUCUUACUGUAACUACUUCCUGAUUAGGAAUAUGACCAUUUGACUGUUCAAUGAUUAUUUGUAUUUACAGUUUCCAGAGUUUGUCAGUAUAAUAGGAACAAUCUUUGCUGUAUACUUUUAAAAUAUACUUUUAAAAAAUACUCUGCUAUUUCUCUUGCUGGAACUGUUGAAAGAAAAUAUAUAGAAUGAUCUAUUGCUCAUCAGCUUUAUUUUUUAAACAUACUACUUAUUUUGUUGAAAUUGUCAAAGACUGUAUUUAGAUCUCAUAAUGCUUUGUUAAAUGUUUACAAGUAAAUAGUUUGAAUUCAGUAAAUAUUAUUGGUUGUUGUAUUGAUCAAUGCAUGUUACCCAUUCAACCAUUUUAUAGACUACCAAUUUCUUUUAUGUUAACUAGAAUGCUUUUGUUAAAAGUUAUUUGUUCAUUAUUUGUGCUACCCCUUUGAUUAUGCAGACAACCUCAUCAGCUGCCUAACUUAUCCAUCUUUGAACUUCUGACUACUUGUUGUAUCUGCUGGAUAUUUAGUUCAACUGUAUAGUUUUAUUUACUUCUGUAUGUGUAUUUUUGUGAAGUAUUCACAAAGGUUAAGUGUAUUCACAAAGGUUAAGUUAAAAUAAAACCAAGGGAUAUCUUGCA